CUACUACUACAAACUUCGUAUAAAAUCAUUAGAUGCAAAUACACAAAAAUCCUAGCAUUUUAUUACCGUUCCUGUCUCAGAUCUCAAGCAAACGACUUCGACGGUUUAAGUUUGGAAAGUCGCCGUGGCGAAGUGUCAUUGGCUGGCGCUAUGUGGAAAUUAACGUAAAUGAGUCGUCGCCACUACUCGCCGGCGGCAAUCCUGCCCGAUUUCUGAAACGCUAAAUCUCGAAUUCUCGACAAAACCCAAUAGAAUUCUAAUUUUGCUUGCUGCAAAAUGGCAGUCCGGGCAACUGUAACUCGAUUCCCCAGCGACCCUGAUGCUUUGGAGGUGUCGGGGCUGCCGUGGGGGGUGACGUUGACGCCGUUCGCCCCCAAGGAUGAGAGUGGAAAUUCGCCGGUGUACGGUUCAGAUGGCCACCUCUUGCCACGAUGCGAGAACUGCUGGGCAUACUACAACACUUACUGCGAGCAGGAGCAAUGGGCAUGGACAUGCGCUCUCUGUGGAACCCUUAAUGGCCUCUCUUCACAGGCCAUUUCUCGCUAUUCCCGCCCUGAUUCCUGCCCCGAGAACAUGUCCUCAUUCAUUGACCUUGAAUUGCCAUUGGAAGAAUGCGAGGAAAUGCAGGCACGGCCUGUGUAUGUUGCAGCAGUUGAUCUUGCUUCCUCAGAGGAAUUUUUGGAACUUGUCAAAAGUGCUCUUCUAGCAGCACUGGAAGGUCUUGGGCCUGGAUCUCUAUUUGGCCUUGCUACUUUCAGCCACAAAGUUGGCUUAUAUGAUGUUCAAGGACCUAUUCCAGUGGUGAAAAAUGUUUUCAUUCCACCUGAAUCUGAUGGUAGCUUGCCUAUGGAACUUGAAGACAUCAUGCCCUUAUCUUCAUUUUUAGCUCCUGUGGAUACUUUCAAAGAUAAUAUUGCAUCUGCUCUUGAGACAUUGAGGCCUACUACUUCAUGGGAAAGAACCUCAGCCGCAGGACAAGGACUAGAUGGAGUUUUGCUUGGUGGAAGAGGCUUUGGAUCAGCAAUGGAAGCUCUAUUUAAUUACCUUGGAUCAGAAUAUGGGAACACAUUUGCAUUAGCUAGAGUUUUCGCCUUCAUGUCCGGUCCUCCUGACUAUGGAGCUGGGCAACUAGACACAAGAAGGUAUGGUGAACAAUAUGCUAGCAAAGGAGAGGAUGCAGACCGUGCUUUACUUCCUGAGCAGACGCCAUUUUAUAAGGAUCUGGCUGCUGUUGCUGUUCAAUCUGGUGUUUCAGUGGACAUCUUUGCAGUGACAAAUGAAUAUACUGAUUUAGCUUCAUUGAAGUUUUUAAGUAUCGAGAGUGGGGGCUCAUUGGCUUUGUAUACAAGCACUGAUGAUUCAACACUUCCUCAAGACAUAUACCGCAUGUUAACUAGACCGUAUGCUUUUAAUUGUGUCUUACGGCUGAGGACAUCUUCUGAAUACAAACCUGGUCAUUCUUAUGGGCAUUUCUUUCCAGAUCCGCAGUAUGAAAAUGUUCAACAUAUUAUAUGUUGUGAUGCUUUUGCCACAUAUGCUUAUGACUUCGAGUUCGCAAAGAAUGAUGGAUUUUCAAGGCAUACUGCAGAACUCCCUAUGCUUCAAAUUGCAUUCCAGUAUACAGUGGUAGUGCCUCCAGGAGAACUUGCAAAUACGGAAUCAAGUCCUACAAGUAGGAAAAAGCACUCUCUGAAGAGGAGAUUAAGGAUAAGAACUCUGCAGUUUGGAGUUGCUCAUGAAAUUAAUGAGAGUUAUGAUAGUGUUGACCCUGAAGUGGUGCUCUGUUUACUUGUUCACAAGGUCAUAUCAUCUUCAUUGGAAGAGGGUAUACGUGAAGGCAGAAUGCUGCUUCAAGACUGGCUAGUAAUUCUCACAGCUCAGUACAAUGAAACUUGCAAACUGUCAGAGUCUGGACAUGGGAGUUCAAACACUGUUCAUGUUGAUGUUGCUUUCUCCCAAUGUCCACAGUUGCAGUAUCUCCCUCGCUUAGUUUUUGCUCUCUUACGAAACCCUCUCCUCCGUUUACAUGAAGAAGGUGUACAUCCGGACUACAGAAUAUACCUACAGUGUCUGUUCAGUGCAUUAGAACCUUCUUCGCUUCACCUUGCUAUAUAUCCAAUGCUGACUUCAUUUGCAUCGCCUGAUAAACAAGCCUAUCCUCGUCAUUCCCUGAGCCGUGCUGCAUUGAUGACAAGUGGCAGCCCCAUAUUUUUCCUUGACGCAUUCACAAUUCUCAUCGUGUUCUAUUCAUCUACAGCUGACCCUUCACUUUCUUUCCCUCCGCCUCAGAACUGUUUAUUGAGAACAAUAAUAAACAAGCGGAAGCAGGAGCGGUGCAUCUCCCCGAAACUCCUAUUUAUUAGAGCGGGACAUGAUGAUGCAACAGUGUUUGAGAAUUUUCUGAUAGAGGAACAGGAUGUAGAAGGGAAUGGGUUCACAAGUAUCAUGGGCUUUGUGUCCUUUCUUGAAGAAAUUCAUCAAGGUGUGUUGGAAUAUAUGAAAUGAAAUGCAAUACAAUAAUGUAACAAAUAAUUUCUUGCAACAGUUAGAAAACAAAAGGACAUAUUCUGUAUUUGGUUGGAGAGUAUCAGCAAGUGAAAGUUUAGGCGUUGGAACUUGGAUGUUUGUGAUUUCCCUCCAUGCUUCAAGUGUUUGUAGAUACUUUGUAACUCACCUUUUACUGAGAAUUUAGAUUUGUUUUAAUAGAAUGUCUUUUUUCGAAAAACAAAAAUGC